AUGACAGCCAUCAUGCCGACACUGCUCAACAUGGACAUCCUUAGCGCCAGUGCCGCCGUAUUCUUGUUCUUCAUGGCCAUCAAGUUCUUCAUCUACUUUUUCACAGGCUCCAAUUCGACGAGGAAAGCUCAACAUAGCUUACCGCUGGACUCAGAACAGACGACAUCGCCAGAUGUCUCCAAGGGCGACAGUGGCUCAGAGAGCAGCGAGGAUGACGACUUCGACGGACUCGCUCACUUGAGGGCAGCGCUGAGAAUGGUCGACCAGACCUUCGCUCCCAGAACAUCUUCCACAACGCACAAAAGCGACGAUUUCGAGGUGUUUGCGGACUUUGCUUCGGCCAGUCAACGACGAGCUAUGCAAGGAAUGGAGCGCGAGAAUUGA